AUGCCUCCCAUACGCUUGAUUUUCCUUGCACUUGCGUUGGUUUAUAAAGUACAUGGCUUACAAGUAAAACAAUUAGACAUGGACAUCAUUUUAAAAUAUUAUGACCACUCAUAUAAAGAUUUGCAACAGAAACAUGAACAUCAUCCACAAGAAUAUAUUUUAAAGGACGACAACGAUGAUUUCACGCGUUUGAUUCAAAAUGUUGCAAAAAAUAUUGACAACGACCACAAAAAACGUACAUAUUUUAAUAAGCCACAGUAUUCAAACACAAAUGGCAAAGAAUAUUUUGAUAGAAAAAAUCAUUUAUGGAAAUUGUCUACAAAUAAUAAGAAAUUGCUUCCAUUAAACGAAAAAAUGCAUCGAGACUUGUAUGAAAAUAUACCAGCUAGUGGAAGCGAUUACUCUAAGCUUUAUGUAAUUCUUGAUCCUAAAGUUAACUUACCAAAAUCAGCUAUGAAAGAUAUAUCUGGCGUGAUCUCUUCGGUGCUUUCUAAAUCGGAUUCGUACAAAAAAUCGUCAGUUAAAGACCACAGCAAAAAAAUACAAUAUUACAAAGGAUUCGUAAUAAAAGAUAACAGACGGCGGAUUAAAGAGUCAAAGGAAACGUUCGCGUCGAAGGAUUCAUUGGAGUAUGAUUAUAAGCCGAAGAGAGGAAAGAGUGAUUACGGCGGGGGAGGACGCACAGCCAUCCCGUACAUACGACAUCGAGGCGACAUCUAUGAACGAGUG